AUGUCUCCAUCUCGCGCUCCAUAUGGUACAUGGAAAAGCCCGCUUACUGCGGAGCGACUGUCAACCGACAGCAUAUCGCUACAUGAAGUAGUCGUCGAUGAGUCAAUUGGUGCCAUUUACUCGGUUGAAUGCCAUCCUACCGAAGGUGGACGGUUUGCGAUCAUCCAACACCUCAAUGGCCAAAGCCGAGACGUUUUGCCGAAAGAAUACAGUGCACAUGCAACGGUGCAGGAGCUAGGUGGUGGCUCCAUUUUAAUGAGACCCGAUGGAAGGGUUCUCUUUGCGGAUGAAAAGACUUGCAGCAUCCAUUUAUUGGACCCGGCGACGAGCCAAGUUACCCUUGUUCAUGCAGCAGUCGAGGGCAUUCGAUAUGCUGACUUCUGCAAUCACCCUGUCCAUACACAAUGGGUCCUUGCUAUUAAAGAGGAUCACCGGGAGGCGACACCUGAGACACAGGCGACUCACGUCCACAACACGUUGGUGGCCAUCGACAUUGUUUCCGACACCGAGGUCACGAUCGCUCAAGGCGAUGACUUUUACUCGCAUCCUAAAUUCGACCCGUCGGGCAAAUAUGUCUCAUGGAUCCAAUGGACCCAUCCUGACAUGCCAUGGACAGGGACCGUGCUUCACGUUGCUGAGUGGGCGGAUGGAUCUUUGAAGAAUGUGACCAAGGUGGCUGGAAAGUAUCAGGAGGAGAGCAUUGCUCAACCGAGAUGGGGUUUGGAUGGAAGACUGUACUUUGCAAGCGAUCGGACGGGAUAUUUGCAGUUGUAUUCAUACAGCGUGCGCGAUGCUUCUGUGCGCUCGCUGUCUUUCAAGGGGCUGGAAAACUCAGACUUUGCCGCUGCUGAGUGGGAGCUGGGAAGUUCCACGUAUUUCUCACUUGAUGAAAAGACCAUCGUGGCAACGGCUAUUACUCAUGCCACCAGUGAUAUUGUUCUCAUCGACAUUCCCACAUCGUCCGUCCGAAGUCUGGGACUUCCUUACGUUGACAUUGGAGUUCGCGCCAAUGCGAUUUUCCGAGCUUCGUCAAGCUCCUUUGUUGUCGUCGGUGCUUCGAGGACUUCUCCCCAGGAACUAGCUUUGGUUUCACUCACUCCUUCGUUUGAAGCAAAGACCACCGUCCUUACGUCAACUGCAUCAUUCGAUUUGGCUCCGGAAUACGUCUCCUCCGCGAAACAAUACACCGCUCCUCAGAAAUAUGGUCCGCUGUGUGACGGAAACGUGCACAUGUUCUACUUCCCCCCUUGCAACCCCGAAUUCGAAUGCGAAGGAACUCUUCCACCACUCCUGAUGAACGUCCAUGGCGGACCCAAUGGAUGCGUCACUCCUGCGCUGAACCUGGAAAUUCAACACUGGACCACGCGCGGGUUUGCCGUCUGUGCUCUCAAUUAUACUGGAUCUACCGGGUUCGGGCGGGAGUACCGCGAACGACUUUCCGGGUAUUGGGGUCUAGUUGACACAGGCGAUGCAGUGAGCGCGGUUGAGUUUCUAGCCAACGAAGGGCUAAUGGAUAAGGCCCGCGUGGGUAUCUACGGCCAAAGCGCGGGCGGAUACCUCACCCUGCAGGCUCUCCACAUGUACCCUGAUGUCUGGGCAGCGGGAGUCAGCUCCUACGGUAUCAGCGACGUGAGGGCUCUACAGGCUGAUUCAUAUAAGUUUGAGAGUCAAGACGUGGACCGAAUUCUGCUGAGCAAGACCGCAAAAGAGGAUAGGGAGCAGGAGCUCACGAAUCGCAGUCCGUGCCAUUAUGCCGAUAAGAUGAAGGCUCCGUUGCUCUUGUUGCAGGGAACCUCGGACAUGGUGGUUCCUGUGGCACAGGCGAGGAUGAUGGCUAGCGCUAUGCAUGCGCAUGGGCGUAUCGCGGAUGUAGUAGAAUUCGAGGGCGAGGGUCAUGGGUGGGUUGGCGAGAAAACCAUAUAUGAAUCUUAUAAGCGGAAGGAGAAUUGGUGGAUACGCCACUUGACUUGA